UUUUAUUUUGAAAGUUAAUAACCGGAAACACUGAGCUUCAAUUCACUUAGGCGACUUGUUUUGUGUAAGUACCGUGAGAAGAGCAGGAAAUCAUGGCCGACCUUGGUAUCAAAGCAGGAGACAAAGUGUUGCUGGUGUGGACUCAGCCGUCAACACCAGAAACAUUGAAGCAAUAUGCUGAGGAACUUGGGGCAGCAGUAGGUGCAGAUGGAAAAAUCUCAGUGGAGAACAUGGAGAGACUGUCACUCUCCUCUCAUGCAGCUUCUUCCUUUGACUGGGUGCUCUCCUGUCUUCUGGCCGACUGCUCCUACAGCCACAGUCCAGACACUUUAGCCGAGAUGGUCAGAGUGCUGAGACCUGGUGGGAAGCUGCUCCUGGAUGAACCAGUCACAGGCACAGAAGCACAAACAAUGAGGACUGCAGAGAAACUCAUGUCGGCUCUGAAGUUGUCUGGCUUCAUGUCAGUAACAGAGGUCAGUAAAACAGAGCUUAGCCCGGAGGCGCUGAGCUCCCUCAGAGCAGCCACUGGUUACCAAGGAAACACUCUGACUAGAGUCCGCAUAUCUGCCUCCAAACCCAACUACGAGGUGGGAUCCUCCAGCCAGAUCAAACUGUCGUUUGGGAAAAAAACACAGAAGCCUGUGUGUUUAGCAGAGAAACCAGCUCUGGACCCCAACACUAAGAAAAUGUGGAUGCUGUCAGCAAACGACAUGAAUGACGACGAUGUGGAUCUGUUGGACUCUGACACUCUUCUCGAUGAGGACGACCUAAAGAAGCCGGACCCAGCUUCUCUUAAAGCCUCGAGCUGCGGAGAAGGAACUGGCAAGAAAAAAGCCUGCAAGAACUGCACAUGUGGGCUUGCUGAAGAAUUGGAGCAGGAGAGCAAAGAGAACCAGAAAACCAACCUACCAAAGUCUGCGUGUGGAAGUUGUUACCUUGGUGAUGCCUUCCGUUGUGCCAGCUGCCCGUACUUGGGAAUGCCAGCGUUCAAACCCGGGGAGAAGAUCGUCCUGGACAACAACACGCUGACAGACGCCUGAAACCAAAACGUUCCACAUCUCUGCUGCUCACGCUUCAGGACAUUAACAUUCCUCUGUUUCCAUCCACCCAGAACUCAUCAGCCCCUCUGGGGGUUCUCAUUGACGCCACUGCAAUGUUGUUUCCCAUGAGGCACCGUAACGCCACGACCACUUUACAGGAGAGUAGUUUGUUUAACAAGCGAGAACCUAAACAACUCGUUCACAAUUUUAAAUUUGCAAUCAAUAUAUCUAUGCGAUCUGGUGCCUGAAUUAAGAGGAUGCCAGAUUUUUCAUGGGUCAAAAGAAAAUGCAAGUGAAACCAGCAUCUUUUUUGGCAAUCUAGUAAUGAAACUAUUUACCUCAGUUGUCUGUGUUUUUUCAUUCAUUAAAACUAAUCACAGAAUAGAAAUGUUUUGGGGGUUUAAAUCAUCUUCCGACAUUGUCAAAGCUGGAACAGUGAUCUCCAUCAAAACGUAGAGACACAGAAAGCUGCACUGAAAUUGUCGAACUGAAGCUUAUUUAUAUAUGAAGUCAUCAUUUCACUUUCUGUCAUUUAUUAGAAAUAAACUUAAGACUGUUUGAAUUUAAUCCACA